AGCGUUAUAUCCUCCUUUUAAUUUUUUUUGGCGUUUUAAAGCAGUUCUCGGGUGUUUAUCACGGUGAGAGGGCUGCACAGCCUGCAAUCUGUCAGAUUUCUGUGAUCUUAGCUCAGCAGGCACCGCAGCAGGACGUGAAGGUGCGUUUGGCCUGGCCAUCUGCAGUUUGUCGUGGGGGCAGCCAGGGGUGCGUCAGGCUGAGCGUUUGCAUGAGUGCGUGGUGUUCCAGGAGGCUGGGUGUACAAAAUGGUGUUUUGGCUCUAUUAAAGUCGUACCUGCUUCUCCAUGAAUAAGUAUUUUUUGUAAUAGAUGUAUGUCACAGUCUCGUAGUAGCUAAUAAAGCUAUUGCCAUUUGGAAACGUUCUGAAGCAGCUUGUACGCCAUGUGAAAACUGAAGAAAAAUCACCCAAAAUCACCCUGACCUUGUAACUUCUUCAGUAAUCCGCUGUGAUGUGCAUUUGUCACGAGCGGCGAUAUCGCGUGUUGGAGUAACAGUAAUGAAUUAUCAUGGUAAUUGUGGGCUUUUAAAUGUCAGAGUUGUUUGAGUUUGAAGUACUUUAACUUGGUUCUCACUGAAAUGUCAGUCCAUGAAUUCUGUUUGCUCAGGGCUCUCUUCUUCUGGUUGCAGAUUUUUCACUUGGUGAGGCCAAGUGUCAACCCAGAUAAAUACAAUUCCAACAGGUCUCUGCUUUCUCUUAACGUCCAAACUGCUGGUGGCACAGGUUACCCUCCUUCUGGUGCUCUGGCUGUGUGGAGUUAAGCAGCUAGGAGGUGCAUUUUGUGAUGGAUAUGGUUCCUUUUUCCCCAUACAUUCUGCUGUGGAAGUGCUUGCAGCUUGGUUGUGAUGCAGGGGACCAGAAACAACCAGGCAGCUGUCUGCAGGGGGAAGUUCAAGCAUCAGCCCCAGCUCUGCUGAGCUUCCUACAGAUCCAUAACAUGGUGGCAGUGCUGGAAGUGAUCUCCAGCUUGGAGAAAUAUCCCAUUACCAAAGAGGCACUUGAGGAAACGAGACUUGGGAGGCUUAUCAAUGAGGUGAGGAAGAAGACAUCCAAUGAGGAACUUGCCAAACGUGCCAAGAAAUUGUUGCGGAAUUGGCAAAAGUUGAUAGAACCUGUAACCCAGAAUGAACCGGUGCCAAGAGGGUUGCCGAAUCCACCUGGAUCAGCAAAUGGAGGUGCUCACAACUGCAAACCAGAAGCACCACUUCCUGCCGUGGCUGGAUCAAAGCCAAUCAGUGAAUUGAAAAGCAGGAAUGACAUACAGAAACUAAAUUCUCCAAAACCAGAGAAAUUGGGAAAUCGGAAAAGGAAAGGUGAACACAGGGAUGGGCAUCAGGGCCCUCCUCCCCCAAAAGUCUCCAAAGCUAGUCAUGAAGUAUUACAAAACUCUUCACCCCCUCCAACGAAUGGAAUUGGAGGUAGUCCUGAAAAUUUUCCUAGUCCUGUAGAUGUAAAUCUACACGCAGGGCCUGAAAGCAGCAGGACAGAACUCAGUGAAAAUGAUAAACACAAUAAGAUUCCAGUAAAUGCUGUAAAACCUCACACCAGUUCUCCGGGACUUGUAAAACCUUCAAGCACUUCCUCGUUAUUAAAGACUGCAGUGCUUCAGCAGCAUGAUAAAUCAGAAGAAACCACAGGACCGCACCAACCUAAGAGUCCUCGCUGUUCCUCGUUUAGCCCUAGAAAUGUCAGGCAUGAUACUUUUGCUCGGCAGCAUACUACGUACUCACCAAAGGAUUCAAUGCCUAGUCCAUCUCAAAGGUCUCAGUUCUUAGAUACUGCACAGGUGCCAUCACCGCCACCAUCCUUGAUGCAACCAUCAACACCUCCCAUGCCAGCAAAAAGACUGGAGUUCCCUCAGCAAUCAGUAACUGAGGUAUCUCAGCACUGGCAGGAGCAGCAGGUACCUUCUGAAAGCCAGCACAGGCAUACAGCAGGGACGCUUCAACAGCACACAUCUCCCAGCUGCAAAACCAGCUCCCAUCCCGGGGAAUCUCUCACGCCACACAUGGGCUUUUCACAGGACACUUCAAAAAUGGACAGUGAUGAUGCUGCUUCAGGUUCAGAUAGUAAAAAGAAGAAAAGGUACCGACCUAGAGACUAUACAGUCAACUUGGACGGGCACGUGACAGAAGGGGGUGUGAAACCUGUGAGAUUAAAAGAGAGAAAACUCACUUUUGAUCCCAUGACAGGACAGAUAAAACCUUUAACACAGAAAGAUCCUUUGCAGGUAGAAAUCCCUGCACUUACUGAACAGCACAGGACAGAAACGGAAAAGCAGGAGCAAAAACCUAACCUGCAAAGCCCUUUUGAACAAACGAACUGGAAAGAAUUAUCCAGAAAUGAAAUAAUUCAGUCAUAUUUAAACAGACAGAGUAGCUUGCUGUCUUCAUCAGGAGUACAGACUCCAGGAGCUCACUACUUCAUGUCUGAAUAUUUAAAGCAGGAGGAAAGCACUAGAAAAGAGGCUAGAAAGACUCAUGUUCUAGCUCCUAACAGCAAACCUACAGACUUGCCUGGGGUCACAAGGGAGGUCACAAGUGAUGAUCUCGACAGAAUACGUGAACAUAACUGGCCAGGCGUGAACGGUUGUUAUGAUACACAGGGUAACUGGUAUGAUUGGACACAGUGCAUAUCUUUAGAUCCACACGGGGAUGAUGGUAGAUUGAACAUCCUGCCUUAUGUCUGCCUAGACUGAGUUCAGUUUUGCUAAAAUGCUUUUACAUCUGCAGUUAGCAAAAAUGGCAGACACUAUGCCACUUAAACACGGAGAAAGCCUCCUGUCCUGGACAAACAGGCCCAACGAGCAGAGGGUGAGAGGGAGCUGGGUAUUGACAGCUCUUUCCUUUAAAUUCUCCUUUUGUGAAAUGCUGCUACCAGUUUACUAACAAUUGCAAAGGAAGGCAUACGAAGGUUGAUAAACUGAGUUCAAAACUCUAUAGCGAGCCAGCUAUAAAAAAGUGUUAGUCCCCAAGAAGUGAAGAUGAUUUCCAGCACUUUCUGAAUGCCGGAAUCUUAUUACAGGCAGGUACAGAGAAAAUUGUGGAAGUUACCUUAACAAAAUAUGCAUCUAUUUAUUUGACUUGAUUUGGGUUUUUAUUUGGCAGUGAGAUAUUCGAGAGACAAUGUGCAAAAACUGUAGUUUUAUUUGUAUCACAUCUCUGAACAUGAUUGCGUUUUUAAAGUCAUGUGGUACGGAGAUUGGGUUUUAAACAGCAGGUGUUGCACUGCAGGCUGGGCAACCAGCUUCAGCUCAACAUUCCAUAGGCAUCCACAUAUUUUAGUCUGGUUUCAGUUUAAAUCCAGUCUCUGAGAAAUGCUGCAAAAACUAGAUGUUUAAUGAUAUUUUUGAUCCCACCACCACCAGCCAAAUAUUUUUCCUCCUUUUCCCUUCCUGCAAACUUCUAGGAAAAAAAAAAAAAAAGAAAAUCACCUUUUCUAGAAUCUAAAUGUAAUGAGGGUGCUACGAGUUUGUAACUGUACUGUGAGAGGGAAAAAGGAAGCCUGUUUGUAUGCUGGAAAUAUACUUGUUACCAUUCCUUUAGAUAUUGUUUGCCUUAUGGAUAUCCAUCAUAAACGCAAUUUGCAAAAACAAAGAGCCUUAGUGAAUGUACAGUAACUAGACUUCUGUGUUCUUGGGAUGCAGAAGGGAGCAACUUUGCUAUUUGGUCCUUUAAGUGGACACAUUGUGAUAUAAAUGUGGAAAUAAAAAAAAUUUGCACAAAGCAGUUUGUGAAUUAUUUAUACUGAACUAAUUUAUUUUUAGAAGUUUGCUCGAUUCAAACUAACUGCGAAUCCAUUGGAGCAGUGUGGCGAAGCUGAAUCCCAUCUGACUUUGUCAAAAGCAGCUGGCUGUUAGGGAUAUAUAAGAUGUCUUCCAAGUAUAUUGGUGGUAUUCAGUCGCACAGGUUGGAUUUUUUUUAAACUCUGGUUGCAUCCAGGGUUUAGAGACUGAUAACCCAAUUACCGUUAACGUACCUCAAAGUCUAAAAAGAUCGUAGUUCAUCUUUUCUGAGUAAUUUUGUAAUAUAUUAUUCCUAAUUGUUAAAAAUUAUUUCUAAAGCAGCCUAAUUCAGUAUAGAAAGCUAAGAAUUUUUAUUAACUGUAAUUGCUUUAACGUUUGGGACUAGUUGUUUUCUACAGUCCCUGGUACUGGGCUUCUGUCCAGGGGAAAAGGGGAGGGGACACAAUACCAAAAACGUUUCUAGGUUUAGUGAUGUUAACUCAUCUGUGCUGGAUCUCACCUCUGUGGAAGAGCCUUGGCAUCAGUAGUUCUGCUGCCUUUGAGAGCAAAGUCAAGCUCUUUGAUGUCAAAUCAUGAUCUUAAAAAGGUGUUCCUCACCAGGUAUACAUUAGGGUGGUUUGUUCCAUGGAAUACAACUGAAAAUGUUUGGUUUAUUUUGAAGUCAUUCUUGUUAAAACCUACUGCUUUUGUGAUUUGACCGGUAUUGAAAUGUGUGGGUCUCUCAGAAACGUUACUGAUGUCUGUUUGCUUCCAUUUCUUUAAUCUGAGGUCUGCGUGAAAUCUCCUAUCCUGAAAAAGUGAUUACCAAAAAUGUUUCCAAGUAUAUUUUCAGUUUACUUCCAUUUUAUCCUUCUACAGUUGAUGAGGUCAGGCAGUGUGUUGUGGAGUUUCAGAAAAUUAUCUUGCAACUCAGAAAGGUAGAUUUGAUGGUAGAGGGCUAAAAAGAUGACCAUUUUGCAAAAUGCUUAUUUUGUUUUAAAUAUAAAAAGAAAAAAAAAUGUACAUCUUACUCUACUCCCCUCCCCAGCCCCUUCUCCCUCUUUCCUUGAACGGUCUUAUAUAGGAACAGGGUCUGUGCUCUUUUGAGGCCUUUGAAUAUGGGGCAAAUUUCAGGAAAUGACAAAGCACACUUUAUAAAAACCAUCUUUCUUUCCAUUGCUUACAUUUCUGCUGCAACCCAUGGUCCACGAGGGCCACGCUCAGUCAAGUGAUGCCGUAAGUUCAUCACUGCUCUUAAAUUAUUUAGGGCUCUCGGCAGCAAACUGACCAUGCUGAUGCUCACUUUGCUUGAGGGAGCUUCAGGUAUUGGACCCAGCCCUUUCCCUAGUGGUACAAAAUCGCUAGAGAAAUUCACUCACAAUGCAAGCUUUAAAUCUUGUUACGUACCUAGUUUGUUUCUGCUGUAAGGGUCAACUCACUUGGAUAUGAUCCAGGGUGAGAUGAGGCUUGACAAUCUUUAUUUCAGCAUGCUAGUAUAACCAGUUCUGUGAGCUCCAAAAAAAUGUGAAUAAGUUUACAAGGUGAUUUUUUUGUCAAUUUUGUAAACAAGUUCAAAUGAAGUUUACCAUGUGCGUUA